CAUUGAUGGCAGGUGUCGACAGUGGAAAGUGAUCUUCAUCAUUAUCAGAAAGGUAAUUGCUUAACUUGAAUGCCCACAAAUAAUGGGUUUGUUACUGUCACCACUCCAUUUUUCAACUUCAUAUCUCAGCACAAGCACCAUUGUGGCUCUAUGCGUAUUCUUCACACUCCUCUGUGCUUGCAUCGUCAUUGGCCAUCUUCUUGAAGAGAACCGGUGGGCUAAUGAAUCCACCGUUGCCCUCCUUCUGGGGUUGUGUGCUGGAGUGGUGGUAUUGCUGGUGACCAAGUUCCAUAGUACCAAGAUUUUAGUGUUCAGUGAAGACUUGUUCUUUCUUUACUUGCUUCCUCCCAUCAUUUUUAAUGCCGGUUUCCAAGUGAAGAAGAAACAAUUCUUCAAGAAUUUCACAACUAUACUGCUGUUUGGAGUCAUUGGAACAGUGAUUUCAUUCUGUCUUAUAUCUAUUGGUGCCUUUCUGCUCAUUCAGAGGAUUGGCUUAGCUAACCUUGGCAUAAAAGAUUACCUAGCCAUUGGUGCCAUACUGUCAGCAACUGACUCAGUUUGUACAUUGCAGGUUCUCAGUCAAGAUGAAACACCCUCUAUUUACAGCAUUGUAUUUGGGGAGGGAGUAGUAAACGAUGCUACUUCCAUUGUGCUUUUCAAUUCGGUCCAAUCACUUGACUUCAGCAGCAUCAAUGCUAUCAGAGCAUUGAAAUUAUUGGGGAUCUUCCUUUACCUCUUCUGCUCUAGUACCGUCCUAGGAAUAGUAGUUGGCCUUUCAAGUGCUUAUAUUAUUAAAACACUUUAUCUUGGAAGGCACUCUACAGAUCGUGAGGUUGCACUUAUGAUGUUGAUGGCAUAUUUAUCCUACAUGAUCGCAGAGCUUUUGAAUCUCAGUGGGAUUUUGACUAUUUUAUUCUGUGGCAUUGUAAUGUCACACUACACUUGGCACAAUGUUACAGGAAGCUCAAGGACAACAACCAAGCACUCCUUUGCAACCAUCUCGUUCAUUGCUGAGACCUUUAUAUUUAUAUGUGUUGGCAUGGAUGCGUUGGAUAUUGACAAAUGGAAAACCAGCAAAGCCACCCUAGGAACUUCAGUUGCUGUCAGUUCAACGUUGUUUGCAUUAGUGUUGAUCGGAAGAGCAGCUUUUGUGUUCCCUAUUGCAAAUAUUACAAACUGCAUCAAGGCAAGAGAGAGUACAAAAAUUGAGUUCCGUUCACAGUUUAUAAUAUGGUGGGCAGGCCUGAUGAGAGGUGCAGUGACUAUUGCCUUGUCUUAUAGCCAGUUUGGAAAAUCCAACAUAACAUCAGCUCAAGACUCUGCAUUAAUUAUCACCUCUACUAUAAUUGUGGUCUUAUUCAGUACUGUGGUGGGUUUCAUAUUGCAUGGUUAUAAAUAACAUGAUUUGCAUCAAGAUAGAACAGAUACUAAUACGGUAGCUUUCAUUGCAAACAAACAAACAAAAAAUGCAAACAGGUAUUUGGUUCCAUAACAAAGCCUCUGAUUGAGGCUGUGCAGCUAAGGCAUUCAAAACCAGCCAUUUCUGAUU